CUAGUUGUUUAGCUGUUGUCUGACCAUGGGAUUCAACAUAGCGAUGGUCACCGACUUCUUCUACCCCCAGGCGGGUGGAGUCGAGUUCCAUGUAUACCACCUUUCACAAAAACUCAUCGAGCUUGGCCAUUCGGUCGUCAUCAUCACCCACGACUAUGGAAAUAGAAAUGGAGUCCGGGUGUUAACCAAUGGCCUCAAAGUAUAUUACAUACCUUCCCUUGUAUUUUACCGGAGUGCAACGUUUCCCACAGUGUUUUUGGGGUUUCCAAUCAUACGCAACAUCUUCAUACGAGAGCUGAUUGAAAUUGUCCACGGUCAUGGCUCAAUGUCUUCUUUGGGGCUGGAAGCCAUUUUUCACGCAAGGACCAUGGGAUUGAAAACCGUCUUCACCGACCACUCUUUGUACGGGUUUGCUGAUUUGUGGUCGAUUUUGGGUAACAAGCUCUUGAAGUUCACCCUCAGUGACAUCGGCCACGUGAUAUGUGUGUCUCAUACCUGUAAAGAGAAUACGGUUCUCCGAGCGUCGUUGAACCCAUUGUGUGUUUCUGUGAUCCCCAACGCCGUGCUUGCGGAAGACUUCACGCCACAAACCCACAAAUGUGUUGAUGAUGGCACUAUCACCAUAGUGGUGAUUUCUCGGUUAUUCCCCAAUAAGGGAGCUGAUCUACUCACUGCCAUAAUUCCUCGAAUCUGCGACGCCAACAAAAACGUCCAGUUUCUAAUAGCUGGAGACGGCCCCAAGUUCUUGGACUUGGAGCAGAUGCGAGAGAAGUACUUUCUCCAGGAACGGGUUAGGUUGAUAGGGGCAGUUAAACACGAAGAAGUUAGGGAUAUCAUGGUCCAGGGCCAAAUCUACUUGCAUCCUUCACUAACAGAAGCGUUUGGUACCGUGAUAGUGGAGGCUGCAUCGUGUGGGUUGUUUGUGGUUACCACAAAGGUCGGUGGAAUUCCAGAAGUUCUUCCCAACCAUAUGAUGCAUUUUGCUGAGCCCGACGAGGAUUCUUUAGUGCUGGUCACUUUGAAUGCCAUCAACCAGUUUAGAUCUGGUAACAUUGAUACCUCAGGAUUUCACCGAGAAGUGUCUCAGAUGUACAGCUGGGAAGACGUGGCUAAGAGGACGGAAAAUGUAUACAACUCGUUGGAUUUAUUGAAACUCAACCAGCCGUUGAUAAAGAGAUUUCAAAAGUACUACUGUUGUGGAGCGGUGGCCGGGAAGUUGUUUGUGUUGAUGGUAGCUAUUGACAUAUUAUUGUACACGUUGUUGGAGUAUUUUCGUCCGAGAGAUCAAAUCGAUAAGGCUACCAAGUGGCCAAAACACAAAAGAGCCUCUGGAAUUAGGUCUUAGUUGACGAUAUUUAAUCUUUUCCAAUCUUUAAUACACGAUUUCUGUCCUUUU